UAGAAAUUAAUUCUAUCAUUUGAAAAGCUCACAAAUCAACGGAAAUGUUUAACCAACUCUUCGUAUGUUAUUAGGUGUAAAUUGUUACACUAAUUACACUGUUUCUGAUUCCAUAGUUGAUAUUGGUCAUCUUGUCGAUUAGCUAACAAUGUAUUCAUCUAAUUUCUCACUGAUAAUAUUUCAUUUACUCUUGUUAACAAUUCAACUUGUCCACAGUGAUAUUUGCUCCGCUGGACUAACCUGUGGUCAGUGUAUUACCCUGAGCUCUGAUUGUGGCUGGUGCAGUGCCGAUAAUUAUCCUAGUUCACGUUGUUCAUCAAUAACCAAUCUAAUUAAAUCAGGCUGUUCAAAUAGAUCGAUUGAAUUUCCAACUAACAAACUCGAAAUUAAAAUUAAUCAAGAAUUGAGUAGGAUCAAAGUGGCCACUAAAAAUGAAGCGAUUCAGGUGAAACCUCAACAUAUUAAAUUAGCUUUAAGACCUCAUAAAGUGGAAACAAUUAACCUUUACUAUCGACAAGCAGUUGAUUACCCAGUUGAUUUAUACUAUUUAAUGGAUUUAUCUAAAACCAUGAAGGCUCAUAAAGAGACAUUAGCUACUCUUGGCAAUGAAUUAGCUCAUCAGAUGAGAUUGAUAACCAAAAAUUUUCGCCUUGGUUUUGGUUCAUUCAUAGACAAAAGUAUUCAACCUUUUACCGAUUCUAAUCCCCAGAAAUUAAAAAGACCAUGUGAAGAUUGUGCUUCUCCGUAUGUGUUUAAAAAUAGAAUGUCACUCGACACUGACACCGAUAAAUUCACCAAACUUGUCGAGGAAAGUCCAAUAUCUGGAAAUAUCGAUGGCCCUGAGGGCGGAUUCGACGCCAUCAUGCAAUCAAUUGUUUGUCGAAAUCAAAUUGGUUGGAGACAAGGGGCAAGGCAUUUGCUAAUUGUUACAACUGAUGCUGGUUUUCAUCAUGCUGGUGAUGGAAGGCUCGCAGGUUUAAUCAAGCCCAACGAUGAACAAUGUCAUUUGGAUUCAAAUGGUUUCUAUGUUGAAGGAAACAAUCAGGAUUAUCCAUCGAUUAAUCAAAUAGAUUCGGUUUCUCAAGAUAAUAAUGUUCAUAUAAUUUUCUCAAUUGCUGAGAAUCGGAUUGCUCCUUAUGAGAAGUUGAUUAAGAAACUUAAAUCCUCCAGUUUAGCACAAUUAUCUAGCAAUUCAUCAAACAUAGUUGACAUUAUAAAAGGAGAGUAUAAAAAAGUGACCUCAAGUGUCCAGUUAGUGGCAAAUAAUUCCGAGUACCUUUCAUUGACCUAUUAUUCCGCUUGUUUAUCGUCAAAAGAAGGUGAAAGGUCAACCGAUUCGAACCUUCGUCGAACUCAAGUAUGUGAAGGUCUUCAGGUCGAUUCUCAGGUCAUGUUUAAAGUGAAGAUUGAACUAUUGUCUUGUCCUAAAAAAGUUUCCGAUCGACGAGAAAUAAUCAAGAUUAGUCCACUGGGAUUGGAGGAAGGAUUAAUUGUCGAGGUGAAUAUGAUAUGUGAUUGUAAUUGUGAUCGUAAUCAGAUUAAAUCAGCGGAUCAAUGUAACGGUAAGGGAACUCAUUCCUGUGGAAUAUGUAAUUGUAAUCAAGGUAGUUAUGGUUCUCGGUGUGAAUGUGACGCUCAUGAUUCCCGUUUGGUGGACGAUAGUAAAUGUUACUCCAACGUUAACGAUACUAAACCAUGUUCGGGUCGAGGUAAUUGUAUUUGUGGUCAGUGUUCAUGUUUCCCUGUUGCUGGUCAUUUUUAUUCUGGUGAAUAUUGUCAAUGUGACGAUUUAGCUUGUGACUUUUAUCAAAAUCAAUUGUGUGGUGGACCAAACAGAGGAAUGUGUAGGUGUGGUAAGUGCUCUUGUGCUGACCUUUACUCUGGGUCAGAUUGUGGUUGUCCACUUUCAAAUUUAACUUGUAUUGACCCAACCAAUGGAUUAACUUGUAAUGGUCGAGGUAAUUGUGUUUGUGGUUCGUGUUCAUGUAGUUCAAACCAAUACACUGGACCUUAUUGUGACGAAUGUCCAACUUGUCCUGGUCAAUGUCCACUCUACACAGAUCUGGUUGAGAGUCAAAUAUCCAAUGGAACAAUUAGAUUGACCACAAUAACCAAAUCUAAUGUGAUUCAUUCAACUUUGGUCAACAAUUUAAUCAUGAAUCCUGGUGAUAAAAGAUGCCAAUUUAUUGGUCACGAUAAUUGUGCUUACAGUUUUAUUUAUAAUUACGGUGGUUUAUCAUCAAUGUCUCAAACAUCAAAUAUAAGUAAUCGUCAACCAGAACAAUUAGUAAUCAUUAAAAUCUCACGUAAUCGAGUCUGCAAACAACCAAUCAAUUUAUCAGCUUAUAUCGUUGAAUAUAUUGGCUCAAUUGUGAUCAUCGGCUUAAUUACACUUCUAGUUUGGAGGUUAAUUACAUUCAUGAUUGACCGACAUGAGUAUCAAAAAUUUCUCAAAGCUUGUGCUAACAUUGACUUUCCAGAGAACCAGAAUCCACUAUUCAAACCAUCAACAUCUAAAUUUGAAAAUCCAGCUUAUGAUGAAUCUUAAUCCUGUUGAUUAAUAGUCUCAACCAAAUCGGGAACUCAGAAAAUCAUUAAUUGUUUCAAUGUCUUUCUAUCUGUUGCUGGUUUUUACAUUGAAUUAAAAAGAGAUGAUGUAAAUGGAUUGGAUUGAGAUUAAUUACUAAAUUAAUUGUUUAUGACCAAAUUAACGAAACGAAAAGUUGUCACAUCCGUAAACGAAAUCGUCAAAUGAACCAAAUGAAAACUCUCAGAAUAGAAUAAUAUAAAUAAUUAAAUCGAGAAAAAGAAAAUCAACUUUCUUCAGUAAUUCACAAUUCUCAUGAUGAACAUUUAAGUCCAAACUUCCGUUCCAAGAGAUAUUUUUAUACACUUUAUAUAUAAAAAGUUCUGAUAUCGCACCGAUUAUAAAUGUACCCUGUUUGAUACAGAAAGCGAAAAGUUGAUUUAAAAUUCAGAAGACGAUUCUGAUGAUUUAAUUUUCUUAAUCAACUCGCAUCAAGUAAAUUAAAAAAAAAAGGAUAACCUCUUAAUCUCAUCAACAAUUUAAUACAUAAAUAUUAAUAAUACACAUCAAACUGAGAGUUGGUUAUAAUAUUUGGGUAAAAAAUUGAGUAGAUUAACAAUCGCGAAAAUAAUACUAAUCAUCAUCAUCUUUAAUCAACCAACAAUCAACAAACAAUCAACAAACGUGAACACAAAUAAUCAAUUUCUAACCAAACCAGUUUUCUGGUUAAUUUUUAAUUUCACUUUUCCUACUAAUGAUUAAAUCA